UGCGGUCACAGCAGGAACAUCAGACCGUGUGACGCGGGGACGGAGACAUACAAAUUCGCUCUUUGUUUCCCGGCAGAGAAUCAAACCUUCCUCCGUCGGAGAGUCCAUGGAGAGCGGAGCCUCGCUCGUGUCCGCCGGCACCAGCUCGACUUUGAUCGGAUGUCUUUCAUCUCCACGCCGCCGUUAGAUGUUGUCCAUCCAGGAUUAAUUGGUUGACCGAUGGCUCCCAAACAUGUGCUCCCUCCCAGCGGUUGUCCGGCGGCACCGAGCCCGCAUGCACGUACGCUGGCCGGCGGUUCGCCGAGAAAGGGGAAGAGGAUGCUGGGCCGGUGCUUUUUCAGCGUCGGUGCGGUGCUGAUGCUGAUCCAGUGCUGCUUGGUUGCUGAUGCUGAUCAUCAUGACUUCAUGUUUGCCAUGCCGAUGGACCCAAGUGUGACCUCUGGCCUCUCAGCCACCUUGGGGACUGGAGCCAAUGACAAAGACACAACAAAAGGUACCGACCCCAGCCAAAAGUUAGCGGAGUACAGGACGUCAGAGUGGAAUGAAUCAGAAGGUGGAGUAGCAGUUGGAAGAGACAGCAAAGUCAUGUCAGACCCUGCAACCGGGACAAGAACCAAGGCUGAAGGGAAGCUGUUGAACCCAAAGUGGAACUUAACUGCCUGGCCUGGCCAGCAGAGGUUACAGGUGGUUGGAGAGGCCCAAGGAGGGCAGGCAUCCUCCUCAUCCGUCCUUACGAUGGAGGCAGAGACACCAGAACCACCAGCAGCAACAAAGCCUUUAGGACUGCUGUCGAAAGCUGCUUGGACCAAAAUCUCAUCUUCAUCAUCAUCAUCCAAAACCUCCUCCUCUUCUGGCUCUACAAAAAAAACUUUGACGCCCCGAUCGACGUCUUCAUCCUCCACGCCAGCCGUUAAUGACGACAUCCAGGCAGGGAAGUCCAAAAAUGUCUCAGUAAUUGAUGUGAGCAACAGCUCCUCAGACGGCAGCAGCAACUUGACUUCAGAUGCUGUCCAGUAUACCAACGAGUCUGCAAGCAGCCUUCCAGCCUGGGAUCUCCCUACCGUUCCAGAGUCCCUCUUGUCCACCGUGGGCGACCAUGACAUCACACUUCCUGACAAUGUCACCAGCCCUUUCUCCACUCAUCAAUGGAAUACCACGGUGCCCGUACGCACCAGAACUUCCUCUCAGAUUACAACUACCACACAAACUACCACGGACACGCCGUCCACCACAGCAUCCACACACUCUUUUCCGACAAACAUUAUUCCCAGUGCGAUUCCACCGCUGAUGUCCACUGCUGCUCCGAGCACCGCAAGCUUGAACAGUGAGACUGACGACUCCCUGCAGGUGGUGACGCUGACAACAAUGAAACCCUCGAUGACCAAUUCUUCUGUGAGCACCUCUGCUUUGACAACGCCAGCGCUGACCACAAGUAUUACUGUUACAGUCUCCCCAAAUAGCACAGCUGCUGUAAACACUCAGCCAUCACCAAACCUCAAACUAAUCACAGCAGCUGGAACUCAACCUGCAACCACCUCCAUUACUACUACUAGUACUAGUACUAUUAUUACUACUACUACACUUACUACUACAGCACCUCCAACCAGUACAACCACACUUGCCCCAUCCUCCACAACCACCCCCGUUCCUAUAACUACUACUACCACCUUUGCAACUACUACACCAGUACCCACAACCACCACCACCACUACGACCAUAGCAGCUACUACAUCCAAAACGGUACCUCCUACCACCCUGUUUGUCCCCGUUCAAACUGUACCACCAAUGACUACGACCACACAACACUCAAGCAGCACCUUCACAGAAGAAAGUCCUUUACCGUGCAACGUCACGGAGAAGUACUGGGUCAAAACAGUUCUGUCUGUUGAGAUCAGAAAGAACCGACUUGAUCUGGUCCUGAAACAGAAUCUGGCUAAAGGAUUGAGUCAUGCACUGCAGAGAGCGCUGAAUGACUCCACUGCUUAUGCACAGGUGGAACGUGAGGACUGUGGCCCAUUCAACGUAACGCUGGGUUUCUAUGUGGCCGGUGUCAAAACUGUCUACAUUUCCUCUUAUGUUGUGGAGGCACUCAGCGUGUAUGGUUUUGAUAAGUUGCUCUCUGACAUCAGACAGCACACCACAUUAGUCAAGGCAGUUCUGGUUCCCGUGGCAACCUGGAUGCCCACCCCGAGUAUUCAUUUCCAGCUAAAAACAGUGUUGAGGUUUGUUGGUCCGACAGACAACAUCUACUCCUGCAGUUUUGUCCAGAUGCUUGAGCAGAGACUGGAGGGCGCCUUUGAUGAGGCUCAGGACAAAGUGCUGGAGACCUACAGCAGGCUCACCGUGGAGAUCCAAAGUGUGUCCCAGGACCUGGGAUCUCCAUCAGUUUCCCUUGUGUAUGUGGUGAAGAAUCAGGACACAGAACUGAAUGGAACCAUCUCCAGUGGCCUCCUCAACCAAUUGACUGCUGAGCUGGUCGGCUACUUCUUGUUCUACCCGCCAUUGGUUAUUGCUGAGCCCCUCGAAUACCACAAUCUGAACACUUCCACAGCGACCAGGAACUACUGGGUUAUAACAGUGAUCCAGGACGUGGACAGGUCUUCCCUGGAGGCCAACUACCAGAGCUUUGCCAAUUUGAUGGAGCAGCGCUUAGCUGAGCUCUUCCAUGUGGCUGGCAGGCAGGGUUCUCAAACUUUGCGAUCCAGGCGCGCAACUUCAGUGGGGGCCUUCACCGUACAGAUGGUGAGCAUGCGUCGGCUGCCUGGUCCCAGGAACUCAGCAGAGAUGACAUAUUAUGCACUGUUGAACGGAGCGGCCAUGACUGGAACUACUGCCGCCAAGACGCUGAGUAGUUUGGACUCCCAGACCAUGGCAUUGACUCUAGGCUACUUUGUACAAGUGCAAGCUGAACCUGUGGUGAAGAUGCCGCCGAGCAACCUGUGGAUCAUGGCUGUUCUCACGCCUCUGUGCUUGUUGAUGGUGGUAAUCGGCAUGGUGGUCUUCAUCCUCUGUAAAAGGAACAGGGUCAUCUUCAAAGCAGGCGCUUUCAGAAACUUCAAGAGUCGCACUAAGACUUCGUAUCGGCGGGAGGGCAGUUACCACCACCAGCCCGUGCAGGGUUUUGAUUACGCCAAAAAGCACAUGGGUCGAAACGGUGACGAGGCCAUCUCUUUGAAUAAGGAGACAUUGGUGUUGGGACUGCCUGUGCGAGAUGCCCCGCUGUCGAUGUCAUUGGAUAAGAAGGUCUACCAGGACGGGACUGCCAACAAGAGGCCGCCAUCUGCCGACAUACACAAAGGAGGGCGGUUGCCAAGCGAGGAUGGUUCAAUGUCGAGUAACAGCUCCGGGAAGCUGAACGCCAGCAAGAGCUCCUCAGCCCGGAAGACGGCCACUGGUGGCAGCUGCAAGAACGGCAAGGAGGAUCUGCACAAGAAAAACACCAAUGACCCAUAUGAAGAUCAUACAGGAUCUUUACGGCUUAUAACCAUCAAACCCUUGACAGCACAACCAACGUAUUCCUACCCCUCAUCCUCUUCUCACAGCCAAGACUCUGUCAUCGUUAAUGGCGAGGCAAAUCAUGGCGGGCUUAAGCCAAAGUCUGACAUCGAACACUACAGACACAAACUGCGGCAGAAAGCCCGUAGGAAGGGUUACGGAGAGUUCUCCCUUUCGGAGAGUGGGAGCCAUGGAUAUGGUCGGCACAGUCGACAUAACAACGGAGUUAAGGAACCAAUGACAGCCGAGGAGAAGAGGGCCUCCUUCGCCGGAUGUCAUAAAAGGUACUCCCAUCCACGGGAGCCCACUUAUUGGAGCAGGCAGUCCCUGAGCAGCCCCAGCCCAGUGGAAACAGAGAUGGACCUUCUGGUUCUAAGGGAGCGAUCUCGGCGGGGCAUCCGCAACAACGGCUAUGAUGGUGAACCCGAGCCAUACGAGGAGACCAACGUGGACCGUCUGAUGAGCUCUCUUGGUUAUGGAGGUGGAUCUACUGGCACCGGGAACAGUAGCCUGGGGGUGAAAGCUCACCGCGGCUCAGACUCCUCCACACUCAGCUCCCAGCCAUCCAUUGACGACGUCCGCACACAGAUGAACAUGUUGCUUGGCAACGCCUUCAGCCUGGCACACUCAGAACAUGACCCGCCUUCGCCUCCGACUAAUAGACGCCGCCAUCACCACCACCGUGCCCACAGCGCCUACAAACCGUCCCACAUGGGCCACUACAGUGAUGGCGUGACCAGCGCACCUGGCACCAUGAACCAUCCCUGUGGAGGCAGGCAAAGGAGCCUGGGAUUUGACGAUUUGCACCAGUGUAGUUUGCCCAAACCGGGUUUCCGGUUCACGCAGCUCCCUGAUAUGGGCAUCGGGUCUCCCCCGCCACUGAUCCCCUCAAGACCAGGACCACUACCUGGACCUCCACUGCGACGUUCUAUUCCCGAUGUGAGCCUGAAACCUCGAGUGUCUGAGGCCUCUGACCUCCAGGCCCAACAGCACAACGGUGCUCCCUACCUGCCAUUGUCCAGGACCACCUUCCCUGCUGUUACUGUUGACCAGUCCAUCAGCACCUACUCAGGAAAUCCAAUAACAGCAGUGUACGCAAUAUCAGCCAACCAACCAGGUUACUCCGACUACUUCGUCAUGUCGCCUCCAUCUUCGUACCGUAGUCCAUCCUGGAUGUCUUACCCGCCUGAGCCAGAAGACCUUCCACAGCAGUGGAACGACCCCCCGAGCUCACGACACCUUGAAACUAUCUGCUGAAGUCCCGCGCCAUCGAGCUUUGUGUUUGUUUGGGUGGGAAGAUGACCUCUCUGUCUAAAGUUGUUCAAUUCAAGCAGAGGUUCCACUAUCUUCCAUAGCUUCCUUGUUUUUCUGGAACCACAUCCCAGAGACUUUCUUCUCCCCACUUGGUUCGUCCUCACGGCCCCUCACAGAUCUUCUUCAGUUUGCUUACCAACAGCCAUAUUUGUCCGAGACCCUGACCUAUACCCUUGGUUCCUACGUGGUGAGCACUGUACAGAACAACAACAAAAACACCCUCAACCUGCUGUACUAUCUGGCGCUUGAAUAGCGCGAAGCCGUGCCUCGCAGUGUGUCCAGCUCACCGUCACGGCCCCCCCGCCCAGCACGGGACAGCACAUCCAGUCCAGUCCCCAGCACAGACAAGUAUCCUGGUCCACUUAUUAAACUGACACACAUAGGACUGGGCCAUCCUGGGCUUGACCCCGACUGACAUAAAACUGUGCUUUCUUUCUUUUGCUCUUUUUUGAGAAGAAUCUAAAUGUCUGUGUAAACCUUCUGCCACUAGUUAGUGUGUAAUUUAAACUCAAGUCAAAAAAAUGGAAAGAAAAGACAAAAAAAGAAAAACAAAUAUUUGAUGUCAAAUUUUUGGGUUUUAGACAUGUCUUUACAUUUGUGCAUUGACUACUGGAAACAAGUGUUUGUUUUUUUUCUUUCACUCACCGUAUUUCAAAGCAAAAAAAAAACUUUGGUAACAACUUUAGUAUGGGGAACAUAUUCACCAUUAAUUAAUUGCUUAUUAACAUGCAAAUUAGUAACAUAUUGGCUCUUAAUUCGUCAUUAUUAGGUACUUGUUAAAGGGGAACAUUAUCACCAGACCUAUGUAAGCGUCAAUAUAUACCUUGAUGUUGCAGAAAAAAGACCAUAUAAUUGUUUAACCGAUUUACGAACUCUAAAUGGGUGAAUUUUGGCGAAUUAAACGCCUUUCUAUUAUUCGCUCUCGUUGUGACGUCACAUCGGGAAGCAAUCCGCCAUUUUCUCACUUUCUUCGGUGUGUUGUCGGAGGGUGUAACAACACGAACAGGGACAGAUUCAAGUUGCACCAGUGGCCCAAAGAUGCGAAAGUGGCAAGAAAUUGGACGAAAUUUGUUCAAAAUACGAGGGUGUGGGGAAAGCCGACGAAAUGGUCAGUCGUUUGUUCCGCACACUUUACCGACGAAAGCUAUGCUACGACAGAGAUGGCAACCGUCCCUUAUGCCACCGAAAAUUAUCAAGAGAAGAAUAUCGACCCUAGCUUCCCUGGCCUGCUGACAUCAACUCCAAAACUGGACAGAUCAGCUUUCAGGAAAAGAGAGCGGAUGAGGGUAUGUCUACAGAAUAUAUUAAUUGAUGAAAACUUUAUUUAUUACUCGCGGUUUUACGUAAAUUAUUAUACAUAAACUGUGUUUACCAAUAAUUUAGCUUAAAAACAUUUAUUUUUUUCAAUCAUUCGUGUACAUUCGGGUAGUCUUGUGUAAUGCAGUAUUUUGUGUCUAUUUAGGUAUGGUUAACUUGAGUGCUAAAAUGGUGGAAAAAUAUAUGUUCUUAGCGCGCCUGAAAUGGGCUGUCUGCACUCUCAAAGUGCAUGUUGUUGCCAAAUGUAUUUCAUAUGCCGUAAACCUAGUUCAUAGUUGUUAGUUUCCUUUAAUGCCAAACAAACACUUACCAAUCGUUGGUUAGAAGGCGAUCGCCGAAUUCGUCCUCGCUUUCUCCCGUGUCGCUGGUUGUCGUGUCGUUUUCGUCGGUUUCGCUUGCAUACGGUUCAAACCGAUAUGGCUCAAUAGCUUCAGUUUCUUCUUCAAUUUCGUUUUCGCUACCUGCCUCCACACUACAACCAUCCGUUUCCAUACAUGCGUAAUCUGUUGAAUUGCUUAAGCCGCUGAAAUCCGAGUCUGAAUCCGAGCUAAUGUCACUAUACCUUGCUGUUAGUGCAUCUGCCUCACAAUACGAAGAUCCUGAGUAGUCUUGGGUUCAAAACCGGGCUCGGGAUCUUUCUGUGUGGAGUUUGCAUGUUCUCCCCGUGACUGCGUGGGUUCCCUCCGGGUACUCCGGCUUCCUCCCACUUCCAAAGACAUGCACCUGGGGAUAAGUUGAUUGGCAACACUAAAUUGGCCCUAGCGUGUGAAUGUGAGUGUGAAUGUUGUCUGUCUAUCUGUGUUGGCCCUGUGAUGAGAUGGCGACUUGUCCAGGGUGUACCCCGCCUUCCGCCCGAUUGUAGCUGAGAUAGGCUCCAGCACCCCCCGCGACCCCGAAGGGAAUAAGCGGUAGAAAAUGGAUGGAUGGAUGGACUUCGAAAAAUAAAAUAAGCCACUGGGAACUGAUUUUUAAUGGUUUUAACCCUUCUGAAAUUGUGAUAAUGUGCCUUGUUCUGCAUGGCCUUAUUAUACAAUUAUACAUUACUAACCCUAACCCUCUUACCCUAACCCUAACCAAAUAUCUACCUACUCAGUGGCCUUGUGGUUAGAGUGUCCGCCCUGACAUCGGUAGGUUGUGAGUUCAAAAACCCCGGCCGAGUCAUACCAAAGACUAUAAAAAUGGGACCCAUUACCUCCCUGCUUGGCACUCAGCAUUAAGGGUUGGAAUUGGGGGUUAAAUCACCAAAAAUGAUUCCCGGGCGCGGCCACCGUUCACCAUAGGGGGUGAUCAAGGGUGAUGGGUCAAAUGCAGAGAAUAAUUUCACCACACCUAGUGUGUGUGUGACUAUCAUUGGUACUUUAACUUUAACAAAUAUCUCUAAAUUAAAGUCUUUGUUACUUAGAACAGUGUUUUUCAACCACUGUGCCGCGGCACACCAGUGUGCCGUGAGAUACAGCCUAGUGUGCCGUGGGCGAUUAUCUAAUUUCACCUAUUUUGGUUAAAAAUAUUUUUUGCAAAGCAGUAAUUAUAGUCUGCAAAUGAUGUGUUGUUGUUGAGUGUCUGUGCUGUCUAGUGUCAGGUGCAAACACUGAUGACAUCUAUUAAUCAGACAAGAAGCAAGGAAUCAAUCAGAGACAGAGUUCAAUUUAGCUCAUGAGGAGACACGUGUUUUGAGCUGUACUCUAGUUACAGAUCCAAACUACGUUCUAAAAAAAAGCCCACGCGCCUCCUCUAUUUAUUAGGAAAUGGCCCUAUUACAUCAGGUGACUGAGGGAAGGGGGGUAAUCUCGACAACUCCAGUAAGACACAAUAUAUGGUUAUACAAAAAUGCAAAUAUGUUGACACUUGGUGCAAUCGCCCAGUCUCUGCUUUGUCUGGUCUUGGAAC